AUGAGUGGAUUGGGAGCAAAUCGAAAAGCUUUUUCAUCAUCACAUACGUUCAUGAAUAACAAUAGCACAGCACUAGCAUCAUCGAAUGCUAUCCCACCAAGAAGACGAAUGAUUCAAAACUACUCGGUCCUCUGGUUAGAGGAGUGUAUGGAUCAAACAAACAAAGAUUAUGAAAAUAGUUUGAUACAAAUACGAACCAUCGUCGACAAUGUGAACGUCUUUAAGCAACGAGAUGAAUGUAUUGACUUCCUUAGUGAUGCUCAAGACAUCAAGUCUUUUCUCAUUAUCGAAAAUAGUAUGGUUCAACAAAUCAUGCCUCUCAUCAAUGAUAUUCCUCAACUGGAUAGUAUUUAUAUCUUGAGUAACAUUAAAUCCUUACAUGAAGAAUUGACACAAAAAUGGCAAAAAAUCAAGAGCGUUCAUACCAACAUCGAUGACUUAUGCCACGGAUUACAAGUAGAUGUCAAGCAAUACAAACAAGACUCGAUUUCUAUGAGUUUUGUUCCAGUAAAUGAAAUGGAUUCAACUGUUAAUUCAAAUCAGUUGGAACCAACAUUUAUGUACACUCAAAUAUUCAAGGAUAUUCUUCUUGAUAUGGAACAUGGUAAACAAGCCAUCAAACAGUUUACAGCUUAUUGUCGACAUAAUGACUGCUUGUCACCAAUAUAUAUUGACCGUUUUGAGAAAGAGUAUCAAGAUCAAUUAGCUAUUUGGUGGUAUACUUUUCCAUCGAAUAUCUUUUCUAUGCUCAAUUAUGGUCUUCGAACAAUGAACGCCGAUAUAAUUAUGACUAUGGGUUUUUUUCUACAUGAUGUACAUAAGCAAAUUCAACAGCUAUAUGAACAACAGAUCAAUGCUUACGGAACAAAACCUUUUUUAGUUUAUCGAGGACAAGGUUUUGUGAAAUCAGACUUUGAAAAACUUCAGCAAACACAAGGCGGCUUAAUGUCAUUCAACAAUUUCUUGUCCACCAGCAAAGAUAAAGUCGUAUCCAUCGGCUAUGCUCGCAUUGCUUCAACAGAACCGGACAAGGUGGGCAUUCUUUUUAUAAUGUCAAUAGAUCCUUCUAUUAAAUUAACACCAUUUGCCUCAAUCAAAGAGGAGAGCUAUUUUAGAGAAGAAGAUGAAAUUCUCUUCUCAAUGCACACAGUGUUUCGGGUGAGUGCAAUUAAACAAAUGGAUAAUGAGAAUCAAUUUUAUGAAGUUGAAUUACAAUUAACGUCGGAUGAUGAUCAACAACUACGAUUACUUACUGAUCGAAUACGAGAAGAAACUAAUGGUACUGGAUGGCAAAGAUUGAGUAACUUAUUGCUUCAGAUUGGUCAAUUUGAUAAAGCAAAAGAACUUUAUAAUGUAUUACUCGAACAGACAUCUUAUGAGGGUGAAAAAGCGCCUUAUUAUAAUCAACUCGGAGGUGUACAUAUGAAUCAAGGUGAUUAUGAAAAGGCUAUAUGGUAUUACGAACAAGCACUUCAAAUUUUUCAAAAAUAUCUCCCUUCAAAUCAUCCUGAUUUGGCUACUUCGUACAACAACAUCGGUUUGGUGUAUAAAAACAUGGGCGACUACUCGAAAGCACUUUCAUUUUACGAAAAAGCACUUAAAAUUCAGCAAAAAACUCUUCCUUCAAAUCAUUCUUCAUUGGCUAUUUCAUACAAUAACAUUGGUAAUGUGUAUAACAUCAUGGGCGACUACUCGAAAGCACUUUCAUUUUACGAAAAAGCACUUGAAAUUCAACAAAAAACUCUUCCUUCAAAUCAUCCUCAUUUAGCUACUUCAUACAUCAACAUCGGUUUGAUUUAUAGUAAGAUGACACAGUACUCGAAAGCACUUUCGUUUUUCGAAAAAGCACUUGAAAUUCAGCAAAAAUCUCUUCCUUCAAACCAUCCUUUAUUGGCUACUUCAUACAACAACAUCGGUGGUAUGUAUAACAAGAUGGGAGAGCGCUCGAAAGCACUCUCAUCACACGAAAAAGCACUCAACAUUCGAAAAAAAACUCUUCCUUCGAAUCAUCCUGAUUUGGCACAGUCAUACAACAACAUCGGUGGUAUGUAUCAUAGUAUGGGAGAGUACUCGGAAGCACUUUCAUUUUAUGAAAAAGCACUUGAAAUUCAACAAAAAACUCUUCCUUCAAAUCACCCUUCAUUGGCUAUUUCAUACUAUAACACCGGUUUUGCGUAUCAAGAUAUGAAAGGCCAUUCGAAAGCACUGUCAUAUUUUGAACGUGCUCUAGACAUAUGGCAACGUGCAUUCCCUCCAAAUCAUCCGAAUAUAAAGACUGUGAAACGCACGAUUGAAAUUGUAAGAAAGAAAUUAUAA